AUGAGUGUAAAUAUUUAUCCAAAUUUUAAUAUGGCGUCUGCUUUCGCUACUGCGACAAACUCUUUUGCAACUACAGCAUCAAAUUAUGCAAAUUCAGCUUCUGCAUCAACUUCAGACAACAACAAAAACCCGAAAUUUGAUGAAUAUCGCUCACGUGUAAUGCUAGGCGAAUUACCAGAUGAUUUUCUGCGCAUUCAAUUAACACGUCCUCAACUCUACUAUGAUUCACAAGCUGAUGCUUUCCCACAAGUUCAUCAAGCACAACAAUCAUUGCCAAAUCCAAAUUUUCUUGGUCAUUUAACUCUAACCGGUAAAUUAAUUAGAAAUUUUGGACCUCUUGGAUUGUUAAAAAUGGACCCUUAUGUAAGAAUACGCCUCGGGCAUAUUGCUCAUGAAACACCUCGAGCACAGUCCGGAGGAAAAAAUCCUCAAUGGAAAGUGUCUUAUCGAAUAAAUCUAUUUAAAGGAAUGGACACAAUUUAUUUAGAAGUAUUUGACGAACGUAAUUUUACAGAAGAUGAAUUUAUUGGUGAAUGUCACAUUUCUAUCCCCCAAGAAGUAUUUAACGGCGAAACAAAACAAAAUUGGUAUCCACUGACUGGAAAACAAAAUCAAAACGAAGGAGAUAUCCUCCUUAUUAUGUCAUUUGUGCCUUUUAAAGUAGGUCAACCGAAUCUCGACUAUCAAAUGCCAUUACCUGCGCCAAAUAUCAACAACAAUAUCGGCACCACAGUUACUUCGUCUGGUAACGAAAUGCCAUCAAACGCAUCGACAUCUCUUUCUCAGUCUCCUACUCGCUCAACUUCAACAAUUCCUAAACCUCAACAAAGUGAUAAUAUACAUCAGCAACAAAACCCACAAAGGCAGGAACAACAUUCUCAGAAUUAUUCACAAAAAGACGUAACGGAAGUGCAAGAGGUUUUCCCCGAAGUCGCACGUUCUGUUAUCGAAGAACUUUUUGAUAUCAAUGAAGGAAACAGAGAACUAGUUGUCGAUCAUUUGUUACAAAUUACGGCAAAAUAA